AUGGCGACUAGUGGUGGUCUUGAGUUCCCUAACGGUGUCCCUACGUCCCUGGUUGACAGUGGUCAGCAGUGGGACUACCCCAAUGCAUGGCCACCUCUGCAACACAUAGUCAUCCAAGGCCUGUCCAGUCUGCCCUCACAGGAAGCUAAAGAGCUGGGGUUUGAUUUGGCUCAGCGCUGGAUCAGAACCAACUGGCUGGCCUACGUCAAGUAUGAAGCCAUGUUUGAGAAGUAUAAUGUGAACGGAGAUGGGAAGCCGGGCGGAGGAGGAGAAUAUGAAGUUCAGUUGGGAUUUGGCUGGACCAAUGGUGUGGCUCUCCAGCUCCUGUCUCAGUACGGUGACCGGCUCACCUCCGGUGGCAGCGGAAACGGCUUCACUCCGUGUUUAAGCAUCAGCGUCUCUGUGGCCCUGCUCUGCUCAGCACAAACUCUGUUCCUAUGAAAUACAAUGGGUGUAGGGUGGAGUUGCCCCUAGACGCUGAUCUCGGGUUAGUUUUCCCCCCCCACUAAUAGUUAGGAUUGGGGCGGAGUAAGCUGAUCCUAGAUCUGUACGUAGGGGGAAACUUCACUUUGGAAAUUUAAAUGGUUAAUGCUUAGAGGAGAAUGAUGGUUAAACUGUACAGAGUCUGAAAAUGAAGAUCAUUUAAACUCUGUUUCCCCUGCUAACUAUCAUUGUGUGUGUGUGUGUGUGUGUGUGUGUGUGUGUGUGUGUGUGUGUGUGUGUGCGCGCGCCACUAUGUCUUGUAGGCUGUGAGUGUUCUCACUGCUUGAUAUUAAACUGACACACACACACACACACACACCUUACACACAUGAUUAUCAUGGUAGCUGAUAUUGAACUGAAAUCACAAACAAUAAUUAUCUUCGUCCAAAUAAAGGGUAUUUCACUGUAGCUGAACUCUCGGUGUGUCAGGAAGCAUC